AUGAGCAGGUGUGAGGAAUUUUCUACUCCAGAGUGCAAAUUACCUGGUAAUUGCAUCCCAAUUAUCUGCUGUAAAAGUACACACUCUGAAAUUCAGUCUGCAGAGGAAAUAUUGCAAAGCAAUGGGGUUUGGAGUUAUCCCCUCAAAAGAUGUGAUAUUGAAAGGAUAAUUACUAGUAUAGGGAAGAUAUUAAUGACAAGUCGUUAUACAAAUAGGGCUGUAAUGAGCUCACUGCUUUUCUGUUCAGAAUGUAGAAAAGAAACUAGGGCCAAUUUCAAUGAAGAGUAUGCAACUGACAUGAGUCCUAUACAAAGUAGGGAACUAUGCUUAUUUUCAAUCAGUAGGUUAUGUGAAGUAUUAAGUACUGCAAUUUUCCGAAUGAUAAAAGACGUACAUAAUAUUAGCUCUAAAGAAAGACAAAUCUUGCAUGAAUCUAUUUUCUGGAUAGAAUAUUGCAUUUCCACUAACAAAAUUUUGGUAGAGCAAAAUUCUGGUUACAAUUUUGUUAAUACUAAGCCCCCUGAUGAAUUAACAAUACGACUAUAUAUAAGAUAUGGGAUCCUUAAUAUAUUGUCUGGUCUAAAUGAUGUCGCAUUUGAGGCACUGUCUUAUAUUUCCAAAAUAUAUCCACAGGAAAGCAGUUUGCUACGUGAAUUGCAGAAUUCUAUAAUUGAAAUAUUUUAUAAUGGAGUGAAACCAAUAGAAUUAACUAAACUUGAAAAGUCCACAUCCUCAAAUGAAGAUCUGAAUUCAUUAUUCUCUAAGUUAUGGCCAUUAUAUUCUAAGGUUAUCUACUGCUUUUCGUUAUCCAUACUGUCAAUUGAAAUCAAGAACAUGAACUGUAACCCACCAAGUCGGCUCACACUUAAUUUGCCAUCUCUACUAUAUCAAAUAGGAAAGAAGCUAUUAUUAGAAAGCGAGAGAAUUGAUUAUACUAAUCCAAUAUCUGAAAACUGCUAUUUAUUAAGUAGAAUUUUCAACGAAAUAGAAGGAGACACGGUCGAAAGUAUCAGAUAUAUUGAAAAAGCUUUGAGUAGACUUCCAUUUAAUGAUAAACUAAGAUCAUAUUAUGGAUUUUUAAUGAUAUCUAAGGCUACUGAAAUUCAGAGUGGAAAUGGCGACUUAUUAAUAGCAAAAAAAAUCCUUAAGAAAGCUCUACUUUACAUCCCAUAUUCUUCAACUGCUUACAAUGAUCUUGGUAUUGUAUAUUAUAGACUGGGAAGAACUGACAAAGCUCUAUGGUGUUUUGAACUCGCAAUAAAAUUUGAUGAUAGAAACGUAAAUAUAUAUUAUAACCUUGGUGUAUUGUUAUACAACUUAGGUAAUAUUCAUGGUUCUAUUUUGUGUUAUGAGAAAUUAUUAAAUAUUAACCCAAACUGUGUUAUUUCCUUAAAUAACUUAGCAACAUUGCAUUGCAUUUUGGGAAAUUUUGAUAAAUCAAUGAUCUCCUUCAACAGGCAAAUAAAACUCAGUUAUCAAGUGCCAGACCUUUACAAUAAUCUUGGAGUGCUAUAUCGUGAUUGUGGCAAUUUCGUCAUGGCUAGAUAUGCCUUUUUAAAAUGUCUCAAAUUAGAUUCUAAAUACCAGAUUGCAGCCCAAAAUGCUCUGUAUAUAUUAAAUUACUUUAUGCCUAACUCUAAUUAUGAAAAUGAACAAGGAUCUGACGAUGAAAAUAAUCCUUUCGACUUAAUUAGUACUGAUGAUGAUAUGCCAUUACCCUCACCAUGGCUUGUAAACUAUCCGUACUCAGGAAGUUUAUUUAAUAAUAUGUUUGUGAAGUUAAGUUAUCUAGAAAGAUGCUAUAUCUCACCAGAUAAAUUAUAUAACGAAUCUUUAAAAUGGGGAAAUAAGCUUAUUGAUGAAUACGAUGCUAUAAAAAGCAAAUUAGACCAGCUUAUUCAAUGUACAAAUCUACCUAAAGUCGAAGUUAACUAUAAUAAAACGGAUCUCUCUACUUCUGAAUCUAUAAAUAUUGGUUUUGUUGGUGCUGAGUUUUGUCAUCAUGCUGUUUCAUCUUUUGCAUUUUCACCAAUAACUCAUUUAGCCAUGUUAAAUAAACGCACAAAAAUAGGGAGAAACGACAAAUUCAAUGUAUAUGGUUACAAAGAACCUGAAGAUAAAAUUAAAAGUAAGGAGACAAUUGCUGAUUAUGAACGUGUAAAAAUUUAUAUAUAUGACAAUUCACCUUAUCAUGAUUAUGUUACGAGAUUCUACAAAAAUUACAUUGAUAAAGAAAACUGGAGAUGCAUUAGAAAUAAGUGCUUAAUAGACACAUCAUUAAUGAUCCGUAAUGAUAAAAUUCACGUACUAAUUGACUUGAGUGGUCAUACAGUUAAUAACUGUCUAAAUAUCUUUGCAUUAAGAAAUGCACCAAUACAAAUGACUUGGAUAGGAUAUCCCAAUACAACUGGUUUAAGAUAUAUUGACUAUCGUAUUUCUGAUAAAAUAGUUGACCCUGUAGACUCUCCACAAAAGUAUACUGAGAAAGUAAUAUAUAUGCCCGAUUGCUUUCUUUGCUAUACACCACCUUUGACAGAAUUUCCAUCUAUACGUGAUUUGCCGUACCUAAAAAAUGGGUACAUAACAUUUGGUUCAUUUAAUAGGAUAGCCAAAGUACAUCCUAAAACUUUCAAGACUUGGGGUAAGAUAUUAAAUUCUAUACCUGAUAGUAGGCUUAUCUUAAAAUCAAAGGCAUUUGCAUCUUCUCAAUGUAGAGAAUAUUAUUUGAAUAUAUUCCACAGUCUCUAUAAAAUAUCCUCCGAAAGAGUAAUUUUAUUACCAUUAAAAGAUUCAUAUUAUGAGCAUCUUGAUGGAUAUAAUGAUAUAGAUAUUUCACUAGAUACAUUUCCAUAUACUGGUACUACAACCACCUGUGAAUGCUUGUUAAUGGGAGUUCCACUAAUUACCCUGGCAACUUGUCAUAUGAAUGCGACUGAAAAUAACAAUAAGGAAUCUCAAAUUUUUUCUAUUCAUGCAUGGAAUGUUGGUAAAUCCAUCUUAACAAAUUUAGGAACUCUUGAACUCAUUGCAACGAGCUAUGAUGAAUAUAUAAACAUAUCCAUUCUUCUAUCUAAAGAUAUUAAUAAAUUACUAUACUACCGUCAGAAUCUUCGAAGUAUUCUACUAAAUUCAAAGCUUUGUAAUGCCGAAUUGUUUGCAUCGAAUUUCCUUAACUUAAUUAAAAGUACAAUAUUAAACCAUAAUCACUACUAG